CCAUGGGGGAGUGGAUCAUUGGAGCCUUCAUCAACCUCUUUGGCAGCAUUGCCAUCAACUUUGAAACAAACCUUCUUAAAUUAGGUCACAACGAGAGAGAAAUGCAUUCUAUGCUAGAAAGUGAUGGAACAAACGGGAAGCUGACUUUGAAGCCUAUAAUACAGAGAGUUGGGAUUAUAUUUUUCCUUCUUGGCAAUUGCCUUAAUUUCAUUUCCUUUGGAUAUGCUGCUCAGUCUCUUCUUGCGGCCCUGGGAUCUAUUCAAUUUGUAUCCAAUAUUGCGUUUGCUUUCUUUGUGUUGAACAAAUUGGUGACUGUCAAAAUACUGGUUGCCACAGCUUUUAUUGUCCUUGGAAACAUUUUUCUCGUCGCUUUUGGCAACCAUCAGUCUCCUGGUGCUGUAGGAUCAUGCUCUGUGUUAUUUGCAAAGUCUCUAUCUAAUCUGUUACGAUUGGCCUUGUAUAGUGGUUAUCAGUUACACGGCUGGUUCACUUACUCCAUGCUGCUUUUAUUUCUUAGUACAGCUGGAUUUUGGAUUGCUUGGACUUUCUUCUCUAUUUGUACGGGAUUCAUAUACUUUCAAGAAUAUCAGGUACUUGAUGCGCUAAGGACGACAAUGUUCAUACUUGGAAUGAUGUCCGUCUUUGUAGGCAUUUCUUUGCUGGCACAUGAUGAGACCAAAGGCAAUUUGAUUAUGGUGGCUAACAGCAACUCAAACAACAGAUUAACUAAUUGUUAAUUACCGCGUGUAUUAGUUAGUUAAUUUGUUUAUUCAGUUGGUUAAGCUAGUUAGUUCAACUGUUUGAUGAAUGUAACUGUUUGAUAUUUUACAUACUAAUCGAGAAUCAGUUUAUAAUUAAUGAGAAUGAUUCAUAAUUUCUCCCA